CUUCACUGUGAAAAGCUCUCCGAAUUGUCUCUCGAGUGAGUCCACGGCAACGGUGUAACUAUGGAGCGCAGGCAUGGGGCAGGAACAGCCCGUUAACAAACGAAAAAAGGGGGCCGUCGUGGGGAGCGAUUGAGAGAACUUUCUGGACUUUGAGGACCUCCGGCUAAAGGACUCCAAUGUGGCAUUGUCACAACUCCCAACUUGAAGGAUUUGCUCUUUAAUGCCGCUGGAAGUGGCGGAUCUCGCAUGCUCGCUUUCAUCGCCCGGGACAAGUUGCGGCGUCAUGCGUGUUUGUGAGGCCGCCAGCUGCCUGUCUGUGCUCGGCGGUGACGGACACUGCCAGAGACUGACAUGUGUUUCCAUGGCGACGAGCGGCUGUAGCCCCUUUCCCAUAUGUUGGGGCCGAGAAUAUGACCGACACUUAGCCGCGGCGGUGUCAGCAGGGAAGACCAUGGCGACGCCCUACGUGGAUGCCAACCUCAAUCACGCCCUGCUGGACGGUGGCGCCGAGUCGCGGCUCAGCGCCGGGGGGUCGGACCGUACCGCCGCCGGAUCGGUGGACAGGGUCCUCAAGGUCUGCCAUCACUUUGAGUCCAACACAGAACUCAGCAGCUGGUCCUCCAACAUCCGAUACGGGGAUGCUGCUGAUGUCCGGGGAAUCAUCCAGAAGAUCCUUGACAACCACAAGGUGCGGUGGACGUCAUGCUUCGGCCUGCGUCUAAGCAGCAGCGGCCAACCCAGAGACCAAGUGCACUGGCUUCACCCCGACAUGGGCGUGUCGCACGUCCGUGAGAAAUACGAACAGGCGCGCCCCAAUGAGGAGUGGAGGUAUGAACUUAGGAUCCGAUACCUCCCCAAAAACUUCCUGCAGCAGUUUACGGAAGACAAACCGACCCUCAAUUACUUCUACCACCAGGUGAAAAAUGACUACAUGGCACAGAUCGGGGAUCAAGUGGAGCAAGAUGUCGCCCUUAAACUUGGAUGCCUGGAUAUCAGGAGGGUGUAUAAAGAGAUGGGAGGGAACGCCCUGGACAAGAAGUCCAACUAUGAGCUGCUGGAGAAGGAUGUCGGUUUGAGGCGAUUUUUCCCCAAAGACCUGCUGGACUCAGUCAAGGCCAAGACGCUACGUAAACUGAUCCAGCAGACGUUCAAGCAGGUGGCCAACCUCAAUGAGGAGGAGUGCAUCCUCAAGUUCCUCGAGAUCCUGGCGCCCAUCCACCGCUAUGACAAGGAGUGCUUCAAAUGCGCCCUUGGGUCCAGCUGGGUGAUCCAGGUGGAGCUCGCAAUCGGACCUGAGGAAGGCAUCAGCUACCUGACAGACAAGGGCUCGACGCCGACCCAUCUGGCUAACUUCACCCAAGUGCAGUCCAUCCAGUACUCGGCCAUGGAGGAGAAGGACCGGAAAGGAAUGCUACAAGUCAAUGUUGCAGGAGCCGCCGAGCCUCUCAACGUCACGACCGCCUCGCUGACCAUGGCGGAGAAUUUGGCCGACCUGAUUGACGGCUACUGUCGGCUCAUCUCCAUGGAAACGCGCUCUCUCAUUGUCAGAGUACAGAAAGAGGGGGAGAGAGCGCUACCUUCCCUUCCAAAGUUGUCUAAUCAUGAGAAGAAGUUGGAGGCGGUCAAGAGCGGAGUGAGAACCAUCUCGGUUUCAGACCCGAUGGCGUCGACUCCUCCCAAGCCAGCCAAGGCGCGGCGUUUCCUCCUCCCCUUUGUCUUCUGUUCUGAUUCACCACCCAAUGAGACCGAUGACUACGCCGAAAUAGUGGACGAAGAGGACACGUACACGAUGCCCUCCAUGACCUAUGGAAUAGUGGAAGCACGGGACUACGAGAUCCAGAGGGACCGGAUCGAGCUCGGUUGCUGCAUAGGAGAGGGUCAGUUUGGAGAUGUGCACCAAGGAGUCUACAACAUCCCGGACAAGCCAGCGUUGGCCGUCGCCAUCAAGACGUGCAAGAACUGCACUUCGGACAGCGUCAGGGAAAAGUUCCUGCAAGAAGCGCUGACCAUGCGGCAGUUUGACCACCCUCACAUCGUCAAGCUGAUUGGCGUGAUCACAGAGAACCCGGUGUGGAUCAUCAUGGAGCUGUGCACGCUUGGAGAGCUGCGUUCCUUCCUCCAGGUGAGGAAGUACAGCCUGGACUUGGCAACACUCAUCCUGUUUGCCUACCAGCUCAGCACUGCGCUGGCGUAUCUGGAGAGCAAACGCUUUGUCCACAGGGACAUAGCGGCGCGUAACGUGUUGGUGUCUUCAAUCGACUGUGUGAUGCUGGGGGACUUUGGGCUGUCCCGCUACAUGGAGGACAGCUCGUACUACAAAGCCUCCAAAGGGAAACUCCCUAUCAAAUGGAUGGCUCCCGAGUCGAUCAACUUCAGAAGAUUCACCUCCGCUAGUGACGUCUGGAUGUUUGGCGUCUGCAUGUGGGAGAUCCUGAUGUACGGCAUCAAGCCCUUCCAAGGGGUGAAGAACAACGACGUGAUCGGUCGCAUCGAGAACGGCGAGCGGCUGGCCAUGCCGCCCCAGUGCCCGCCCACCCUUUACAGCCUCAUGACCAAAUGCUGGUCGUACGACCCGAGCAAGCGGCCGCGGUUCACCGAACUCAAAACGCAACUCAGCACCAUACUGGAGGAGGAGAAGGUGCAGCAAGAGGAGCGGAUGAGGAUGGAGAUGAGAAGACAAGUCACAGUUUCCUGGGACUCGGGAGGUUCUGAUGAGGCGCCACCAAAGCCGAGUCGGCCGGGCUACCCGAGCCCUCGCUCCAGUGAGGGCUACUUCUCAAGCCCACAACACAACCACUACCAGCCGACAGCACACGGCGUAGGAGGCGGCUUCUCUGCGACUGAUUCGUGGAACCAGCACAAGCCGGAACAUACAGCGCUGUGGAGCGCCAACAUGGAGGACACGGGGUGUGCUGGCCAAGCCCUCAUGGAGGAGAGGCUUAUGAUGCAGCAGCAGCAGAUGGAGGACGACCAGCGGUGGUUGGAGCAGGAGGAGAGCUUCAUGAAGACUGAGCCCAGGAACAGCCGAGGGAGCAUCGAACGAGAGGACGGCACGCUCCAGGCGCCGGGUGGAAGCCAGCAUAUCUACCAGCCUGUGGGUAAACCAGAACACGUGGCUCCACCAAAGAAGCCUCCCCGGCCCGGAGCCCCCGCCCACCUGAGCAACCUGUCCGUCCUCGGCCCCGUCGAUAGCUACAAUGAGGGCGUGAAGUUACAGCCCCAGGAGAUCAGCCCGCCCCCCACAGCCAACCUGGAUCGCUCCAACGACAAAGUGUACGAAAACGUGACGGCGCUGGUCAAGUCGGUUAUUGAGAUGUCCAACCGGAUCCAGCCGGCGGCGCCCGAGGAGUAUGUGCCCAUGGUCAAGGAAGUGGGUCUGGCGUUGAGAACUUUGCUGGCCACUGUGGAUGAGACCAUUCCCGUACUGCCCGCAAGCACCCACCGAGAGAUCGAGAUGGCCCAGAAGCUGCUCAAUUCUGACCUGGCAGAGCUGAUCGCCAAGAUGAAGCUGGCGCAGCAGUACGUUAUGACUAGCUUGCAGAAGGACUACAAAAAGCAGAUGCUAAUGGCGGCGCACGCCCUCGCUGUGGAUGCCAAGAACCUGCUGGAUGUCAUCGACCAGGCUCGUCUCAAGAUGAUCACGCGAACACAUUAGUGAAUCCUGAAGGAUGUCCAAAAGUGCAGGGACAAGAUGGAUGUCUCACCAUGGAGACAGAGACUUGGACAGCAGAAAAUGUCGUCGCCAUGUUUUGGUGUCUUCUUGUAAUUUUUUUUUCUUUAAGAAAAAUUUCAAAUUUUUUUAAAUAAUACAGAGUAAGUAAAAUGUCCCCUCUUCUUUCAAGUACAUAAUAAAUUAUUCAUUUAUUGUAAUUUUUAUCUAUUGUUUUUUUUUUGUUUGUUUUUUGCAAGAAACUGAUAUGAAAAGAAAAGUUAGCAUGUAGCAUUAGUUCCGUUACCUAAACUACAGAAUGUGGAAGGACUCCAUCUUAUAAUUAAAUUGAAAUUUAAACAUUUGCCCAAGCGGAACUGGCAACUGGCCAGAUUUAAUUACAGAUUAGAUUAUAUAAAAUAAAGAAAACGAAGACAAAAAUAAUUCUCAUAUAUUUAAGAAAAUGAGUAUUUUAAAAGAUUGUGACUUUUCAAUCACCCUGUACAUUUUCAAAAGUAGCCAUUUUUUUUAAAGAUGUAAAACAAAAAAUCUAUUUAACACGUGAGGGCUUGUUUUGAAGGAGUUUACUACAUUAUGAACUGGAAAGCAGAUGAAGUGGUAAUGAUUCUUAUAUAAUUUUUAUAUAAUUAUAUAUAUAUAUUAUACACACACACCCCUAACCCUAAACCCCAAGCCCUUACCCCUAACCGUGCUUUUUACACUACAAAUCAAAGUGACAACAUUUCAGACUACAAUCCAAUACUGUGAAUAGACCAGAGUCACAUUAUUUGUUGGGUGAAUGGCGACUGCAGUUUGGUCAGCCGGUUUGAACCUGAUCAAUUAGUUCCCAAAUGGAUGUAUGCAUUUUCACAAAGGUUCUUUUGAUGGUUUUCCCAGCACUUGUCUCAGGGAAGACUCACAUCAUGUACAAAUAAAGACACUGUUACAAACA